CGUCUCGAUUGAGGCUCAGUGAUAGAGAGCGAGUCGCACGAGAAUCGUCGAUUUCGUAACUAUCUGCGUUAUCGAGAGAUUCGUAUACUUUCCCUCUUGUGGAGGAACACACGCACAUAUCUCUCCAUACAAUUCUCUACCAAAAAGAUCGGCAGGUGAAAUUUCUGAUAUUUCUUUCGUGCACGACGAGAUGUCCGUAUCCAGUUUUCGUGAACGUUGGAAUGUUUGCGCCUCUAACAUCGCUCGAAAGACACACAAUCCCAUAAGAUCGAUCGUGGAAAAUAUCGCCGUCGAGCCGAACCCCAACAAAUCGAUGAUCGCACUGUCUAUUGGCGAUCCUACAACUUUUGGCAAUUUGAAGCCGCCAAAGGAGGUGAUCGAGGCUGUUCAAGAGAGCGUAGCUUCACAAUUGUAUAACGGAUAUGCACCGACCAUAGGUUAUCAAAGGGCACGGGAAGCUGUAGCUGAGUACAGCUCAAACGAGUUCGUAAAAGUCGAUCCCAAGGAUGUAAUCCUGUGCAGUGGAUGUUCUUGUGCACUUGACUUGUGUAUCACGGCUUUAGCUCGAGAGGGCCAAAACAUCCUAAUUCCACGUCCCGGAUUUUCGAUCUAUCGAACAUUGGCAGAAGGUCUUGGUAUUAUGGUUAAAUCGUACGACUUACGUCCGGAACUCGGUUGGGAGAUCGAUCUAAACGACCUGGAGGCGCAAAUCGACGAGUCGACGGCGGCGAUUGUUAUAAACAAUCCUUCGAAUCCGUGCGGCUCUGUGUUCAGUCGCGACCAUAUACUUGACAUUCUCGAUGUCGCCGCUCGUUAUUACGUACCUAUUAUAGCCGAUGAGAUUUACGAGCACAUGGUAUUUCCAGGACGGACUUUCCACUCGUUAGCGUCUCUAUCGACCGAAGUUCCUAUUUUGUCGUGCAGCGGACUGACUAAAAGAUUUCUGGUUCCAGGCUGGCGUAUGGGAUGGAUAAUAAUCCACGAUCGUCAAAAUGUAUUCGAAACCGAGAUUCGCAAAGGUCUGCAUUGCCUAAGUCAACGGAUAAUUGGCAGCAAUACUAUCGUUCAAGGUGCUUUACCGGCAAUACUUCGUCAAACACCGCAAAACUUCUUCGACGAUGUUAUCGAUAUUUUAUACUCGAAUUCCAAAUUGGCAUACAACUGCGUAGUCAAGAUUCCGGGCCUAAAGCCGAUAAUGCCGGAUGGAGCCAUGUAUAUGAUGGUCUACAUCGAUCUACUAGGUUUUCCAGAAUUUAAUUCCGACCUGGAAUUCGUACAGCGACUGCUAAUGGAAGAAUCCGUAUUCUGCCUACCAGGCCAGUGCUUUGAUUAUCCCUCUUACAUGAGACUGGUAAUCACUGUACCAGACAACAUGCUCGAGGAAGCUUGUCAAAGGAUUCAAGAAUUUUGCGAGAGACAUCAUUAUAAAACGGCAGAGAUCAUGGGCAGAAACAAUUUCGUCGAUGUGGAAAUUCCAUAUUAAGAGAGAGAGUCAAACAUACAUGUCUCGCAAAUAUUUGCAUUAACUAGCUGAUUAUCUUUCACGAAUCGAAAUUGCAGAUUGCAUUCAAAAAGAAUCUUUCAGCCUUAGUUUUUACUUCUGUGUAUAUGUACAUCAACUUCUACGUUUUCAUCUGUAAUUAUCUAUAAUUAUUUUAUCUAAAAUCUAUCUUAUCUAAAUUUAUCUUCAUCUUUUACGUCUCUACUACUUUUCUUUACAAGCAUAUGAUUGAGCAAAUAAAUGUUCGAUGCGUGUAAUUUAAAUAAGUUUAAUAUACGAAGCUGUCGAGAUUACGAUAAGUAUUAAAGUUCUUAUGCUAAUGA